AUGGUCCAGACAUACAGCAUCCUCGGCCGCCAGGUCGGCUCGCACUACCUUGCCAUGGGCGUCCUGACCGCUCUCUUCGGUGGUACCUACGCCGCCGUUGGUGGUGGCAGCAAGGCCUCGGCUGCCGUCAAGACUCCCCCGAUCAACGCAUCCAGCUCCGACGAGGAGAGCUUCAUCAAGAACUUCCUGGACCAGGCGAACAAGGACGAGAAGGCCAAGCACUAG